AUGAGCUCCCAUCUGGCCAUGCCGUCCUGCCUGUCCUACCCACCUGUCCUGUAUGGGGACUACUAUUGGCUCUCUCCAGGGAACACGGACACCGUGCCCGCCGAGGAGGCUCCGGCGACGGACUCCCUACCCUUGCCCACGACGGAGAAGACGUCCAGUCCCCCAGAUGACUCUCCAGCUUCUUCUAGCUCUGGGACACUCACCCAGUACUACACCCCUGACUCUGCCACCAGUCCCACCGCAGCAGCAAGCCCGUCUCCCCACUCCUCUUUCCAGAAGGUCAAGGCGCAAGGCAAAGGUGUGGUGAAGACGGGCAAGAGCCGCACAGCCUUCUCGCAGGAGCAACUUAAAGCCCUACACCAGCGAUUCCAGAGCCAGAAGUACCUCAGCCCCCAGCAGAUUCGGGAAUUGGCUGCUACCCUUGAGCUCACCUACAAGCAGGUGAAAACAUGGUUUCAGAAUCAACGGAUGAAAUUCAAACGUUGCCAAAAGGAGAGCCAGUGGGUGGAAAAAGGGCUGUAUCUACCACAAAAUGGGGCUCCUCAGGCUGCAUACCUGGAUAUAAUGCCCACAUAUCACCAGGGCUUCCCUGUCGGUGCGAGCAGAAAUCUUCAGGCUACGACCAACCUGCACCAGGCAUACAGCAGUGGACAGACUUAUGGGAAUGGGCAGAGCCUGUACUCAUUCGUGGCUGUGGAGGAUGAGGGGCUCUUUGGAAAAGGUGGGACAAGCUGCAAUACCCAGCAAGGUGUGGGUUUAUUAAGCCAGCCAAUGAACUUCUAUCACAGCUACUCUGACAAUGUGGAUUAUGUCAGCCUGGAGUCAGAAGACACCUACGGCUUCCAGAGUACUUCUGACACUGUCACACCGUUUUUGAGCUCUCCUAUACAGCAUCAAUGCCAGGUCCCUUGGCAUCCCAUGGGGGCCCAGAGUGGUUAUGAGUCUCAGGUUUAA